AUGGGAAAUAGUAUUGAAUGCCUUGGAGAGGUCGAGGAGAAGAGUGGAUACGAACUGACCAGAGUCACUGGCUUUAUUGAUUGGUUCAAGGAAGGAGAGGAGGACUGUGCAGGCACAAAAAUGAUUGGUCGUUGCACUGCAUUAAAUGACACAAAGUGCUUGCCUUGUACAAAAAGGAGCUACAAUAAAGAAUGGAAUAUUAAAUUUCAGUGCGAAAGCUGCCGGAUCUGUCAAAAUGAUUUCAUCUAUGUGAAAAAUUGCACGGCAACCAGCAAUUCGGUGUGCACUUGUAAAGCUGGAAAUCAAUGUACAGAUUCUGAGUGUACGUUAUGUACAGCAGCACCCACAUCAGGCACCACUACUACUGAAAAAAGCAUAACUUCUACAGCAGAAAAAUCAGAUAUAAAUAGUUCUACACCAGACAGAGAAUUAACAAGACCACGUACAGGAGAAGAAUUAUCAAGGGGGAGACGAAGACAAAAGGACCUGUCAGUCAGGAAACUCUGCUCCCAACAAAAGAUGUGCCAGAGUACAGAGUUUCGGAGGAAGAAGAAGGCCCAACUCCAAUACAAGAAGUUUGUAUCAAGUCAAGCUACGACUCUUUUGCGUGACAUUCCAGGGAGUAUAUAAAUACUGAAAAACAAAUAAAACAGACAGAGUAAAUACCUCACAGAUUGUUUAAAUCACAUCCAUGUGUCGUUACUGUACACUCAUCAUCAAUGUUUUCUUC